AGAGUCGACACCUUCUAAUACUAAAUACUCGACUUGCCAUUCCAAGAUUCCCCCAAACCCUUAGCAACACCCCCUCACCGCGUACCCUACCUCAACUGCAAAUAUCAGCCCCCGCCCAGUAGCCGCUCUUGCGAUGCCUUCGCUCGACGAUGUCCCAGACGAGAUAAUCCGGCAGAUCCUGGAUUUCGUAUCGCCGGACGACAACCUUGCGUGCGUUCAGUUGCUGUCGAAGCGGUUUAACCACCUCGCGAACGAGCCGCUCCUGUGGAGGUACCAUUGCCGCACAUCCUUCCAUUACUGGCACAGCGAUCACAGGUUCCGCGAGAAGCUCGAGCAGAAGGCCCCCGAGGUAGACUGGAAAGCCCUGUGGACCACGCGCAAGAGGGCGAACGUCCGCAUCGCCAAUCUCCUCGAUGGCAUCCUCUCGACCAAGGUCGGCCGCUUGAAGAAGCUCGAGCAGAUAUGCCUGUUGGGAUACGACGCGAAGGACUUCCUUUUGGAGCAGUGUCACGUCGACGAUUCUGCGGAAGAUGUCUUGGCAAGGAGGUACUAUGGAAAUACGGCCCUGGACAGCAUCCACAGAGGCGUUGCGAUAGACGUAUGGUCCAAGUACCAAGACGCACCGCUCAGCAAUCGUGGCCUCGAAACAGCGCUGGGAGCCUUCGACAUGUUCGUCCUCCAUGACCAGCCACAGGACCUGGACUACAUCAGCACCGCCUUUGACGGCCUCGCGGAGCAAUUUCGAAGCGAGCACCCGAGUCUCGAAGAGAUGUCCACCCGGCAGAAAGCCCUGAGCCUCGUGCGAUGGUUGCGCGUCAACAACUUGACAGGGAUGGAGAACCCCGAGGUGAACUACCGCAAUCUCCGAAAUUGCUUCAUAGGCCACGCGCUCUCUGAUCCUGAGCACCCCUCCCUGCCCAUCAUAUCCAGCGCCAUUUUCUGUGCCGUGGCAGAAAGGUUAGGCAUGACGACUUCCUGCUGCGCGUUCCCAAGUCACGUCCAUGCCUCGGUAUUUGCUCCGCCGGGCCAGUCCCUCGACGGCGCUAUAGAGGAGCCCGGUCUCGAAAUGGAGAGUAUGUAUUUGGAUCCCUACGGAUCGGACGACGAGAUCACCGUCCAAGAUUUGCGUCUCAGGCUCGUCGAAUUCGGCUGGGCUUCUAGUUCCGACGUCUUCCUGAGCGCGUCGCCAGUGCCCGUCAUUGUACAGCGCACUGCGCAGAAUAUCAAGACCAGUUAUCUCAAAGUCCGCGAGCUCCCGGACGACGAUCCGGCAGGUCUCGAACUCAGGAGACUUCGAUCGGGGAACCCGAGCCUGAACGUCGACGUCGCGUUCUAUAGCUCGAUGUGGGCGCAGCUAUUAACGACGCAGGCCAGUAGUAUCCACUGGGACGGCAACCUCGACUGGUUUCUCAAUCGGUUUGCGUUGACGUGGAGCGAGGACUGGUGGAUAGUGCAAAAGUAUCUGGCCCCGCUUUACGAUACCUUCAUCGAGUCGCUGGCAGAACCCCGGCACCGGGUCGGUUGGGAGAACGUGCGCGAGAUCCUGGGCAUGUUGCAGAACCUCGACCAGAGGCAGCCCACCAUCAACAGGCGAUACACCCAGGACAUCCACGAGAGGGUCCGUUACAAGAUUGGGCAGGUCUUCCGCCACAGCCGAUACCGGUACAUCGCCGUCAUCAACGGCUGGGCCGCGACGGGGACGGCGGCGCUGCCAACGCCGCACCACACGUCCAUGGACGAGACGGAGGACAACGGGGAGGAAGCCCCGCCGCCGCAGGAGCCGCGGCAGAGGCAGGGCAAGACCUACUACACGUGCUUGAGACCCACGGUGGACCGCCUGCGUGUCGCGCAAGAGAACAUCGAGAUCGUCACCGACCCGGACCUCAUCCCGGAAAGCCUCUUCUUCUUGGCCGGGAAGUUCUUCAAGAGAUUCGACAGGGAGAGUUGCACGUUCGUGUCGAACAUCAAGGAGUUCUACCCAGAUGAUUAGCACCGGGGCUGAAACGAACCAACCUCCACUCUCUCUUCCUAAAUACGGAAGAUAAUAAACGGUGGGGGAUCAACCCUUCGGGCUUGACCUCCUUUG